AUGAUCGCGACGGUAAUGGACACAACCACAAUGAGCGGCAGAGAUGUCCGAAUGGCUUCCCGAACCGGUGAAUUCGCUCAGCCCACGUCAGGUGCCGCGCCGGAUAUCGUCCAGACGAACGUGGCUAUCCUGCCAAGGGAUCUGGCGUUUGACUUUUUGGUUUUCUGUCAGCGAAACCCCAAACCGUGUCCGGUCAUUGAAGUUCUUGAGGCCGGGCAGACAGAAGCGGUCCUUUCGGCACGCGACUCUGACAUCCGAAGCGACGUGCCGAUGUACCGCGUCUACCGCUACGGCGAACUCGUCGAAGAGCCGAAUGACAUCUCGGAGAUUUGGCGAGCUGAUUUGGUGACCUUCCUACUCGGUUGUAGCUUUACUUUUGAGCACGCCCUCAUCCGCAACGGCGUCCAUCUUCCGUACUACGGCACCGACAAGAACGUUGCGAUGUACAAAACCAGCAUCGAAACUGCACCGGCGGGCCCAUUCGGCGGGCCGAUGGUCGUGACUCAUCGCUGGGUACCGCGUGAAAAGGUAGUCAGGGCAGUGCAAGCGACCUCCAGGUUCCCAGCAGUCCACGGCGCACCGGUUCACAUCGGCGACCCCAUCUGA